CUCNUCUCUCUUCCUCUCUCUCUCUCUCUCUCUAAAAAACCCACCUACAGAAAAUCGUCGAUCAAUCCCAUAUACUCAAUUUUUUCGUUUCAUUCCUCUGUUUUUCCCCUGAUUUUGUUUUUUCUUUGGUGUUUGAGAAGGAAAUUGGAUUGUGGGUUUUUGAUUUGAUCGGAAUUGGUGCUUUGGAAGUGGUGGAUUUUGGUGGAAAUGGGGAUUUGGUUGGUGGGUUUUGAUGAGAUGAGUUCUUCGCCGGCGAUGGGGCGAUGAUUUAACGACGAUGUUCCUAAGCGAUGGAAUACGAUUCUGGAAUUCCGAUGUCUGUGACGGAGGGACACUCCUCUGCUCUCACGCCGUCCUUGCGCGAAGGUUCUUUUGCUAAUUUCGAUGCACUCUGGCAAAUGAACUUGGGAUCAGGUGAAAUAAUGGGAUCUGGAUCUUAUCCCGUGCGACCUGGAGAGCCAGACUGUUCUUAUUACAUCAGAACUGGCCUCUGUAGAUUUGGAGCUACAUGUAGAUUUAAUCAUCCACCUAAUAGAGAGCUGGUACUAAGCAAAAAUGCUAUUGCCACCGCGAGAAUGAAGGGGGAGUUCCCAGAACGAAUUGGACAACCAGAAUGUCAGUACUACUUGAAGACAGGAACUUGCAAGUUUGGGGCUACGUGCAAGUUUCAUCAUCCUAGAGACAAGGCUGGGAUUGCUGGAAGAGUUGCCUUAAAUAUUUUAGGCUAUCCACUUCGCCCGAGUGAAACUGAAUGUGCUUAUUAUUUAAGAACUGGACAAUGCAAGUUUGGAAAUACAUGUAAAUUCCACCAUCCUCAACCGACUAAUAUGAUGGUCUCACUGCGUGGCUCCCCUAUUUAUCCAACCGUACAAUCGCCAACUCCUGGUCAGCAGUCGUAUCCAGGAGGAAGCACAAAUUGGUCAAGGGCUUCCUUUAUUCCUAGUCCACGAUGGCAAGGCCCUUCCAGUUAUGCAUCUUUAAUUUUACCUCAAGGAGUUCUCUCUGUUCCAGGCUGGAAUACAUUCAAUGAUCAGCUAGGAUCAGUUUCAUCAUCAGAAAGUCCACAACAAACGAGGGAGAAUGUAUUUCCUGAGAGGCCUGGCCAGCCUGAAUGUCAAUUUUACAUGAAGACCGGAGACUGCAAGUUCGGUGCCGUUUGUCGGUUUCAUCAUCCCAGAGAACGAGUAAUUCCUGCUCCAGAUUGUGUCUUGAGUCCAAUUGGCCUACCGUUACGUCCGGGAGAGCCUUUGUGCAUCUUUUAUUCGCGUUAUGGGAUCUGUAAGUUCGGUCCAAGCUGCAAGUUCGAUCACCCUAUGGGAAUCUUCGCAUACAAUCUCUCUGCAGCGUCAACACCGAACGCCCCAGUUCAGCAUUUGUUUGGGACGUCAUCAGGAACUACUGCACUGAGUUUGUCAUCUGAAGGGCUAGUCGAAGCAGGAUCUGCAAAGCCGAGACGACUAUCAAUCACAGAGACACGAGAGAUGUCAUCUGAUGAUGAAAACAUCGAGGCCGAGGGCUGAAGGUCGUAAGUCGUUUCUACUACCCCUUUUACAAUCUUUUGGAAGAUAAAAAGAAGAGGUAUUUGUGUAAAUUGAUGAUGAUGAUGCCUGGCUGGAAAAAAGAUGUGUACAGGGAGGAGGGUUCAUGUAAAGUUGAUCCUGUGUUUCUGAAAAUGCAUUUCAGAAUAUGGUUAGCGCAGCAGCAGAUGAUUAAUUCCUCUGAAUUUAUGUUUCUGCUUUGUAUAAAAAGAUCUGCAGCAGAUGAUGUCAGUUUUUUUUGUUCUUCCCCCUUUUCUCAAACAACAAUUUAUGAACAACUCUUCUCAUUUCUCCCAAACCUUUCUCAAAUUUGGGAUUCUAAAUUCUUGUAAACAACACAACGCUUGCUGUUUUCCCCAAAUUUUUAUGCCCUUUUUGGCUCUUCAAUCAAUCAAUAAUCAUCUUCUCAUCA